AUGGCCGAGGCGCCGGGCUCGGGGCGCCGCUCGCUAUACAAGGCGGCGGGUUCGCCGUCCUGGAAAGAGGCUUUUCGGCAGGGAUGCCUGGAGAGAAUGAGAAACAGCCGGGACAGGCUCCUGAACAGAUACCGCCAGGCAGGAGGCAGUGUGCCAGGGAGCGCUCAGAGCACCCUUCUGGUGCACGAAGUGAUGGAAGAGGAGUGGAGUGCGUUGCGGUCGGUGGAGGGCCGUCCAGAGGUCUCGGCUCAGUUGGAGGAGCCCGUGGACCUGGCUGUGCUCGAGGAGAUCCAGCAGGAGCUGGCCGACCAAGCUGUUGACUCUGGGGUAGCUGGAUUAGGUUGUGGCUUAACUUUUUUACUUCCUAUUCCGGAGUUGACGGAGCAAAAGCUUCGUGCCUGCAUAGAGGACAGCGUGAACGCACACAGUGCACACUGUCCCCACACGCCUGAAUUUUCGGUCACACAGGCGACGGGAGAAAGGCCCACUCUUCUCAUGAGCUGCCUGGCUUGUGACACUUGGACCGCGAUCCUCUAG